UAUGAAGUCAUUUCACCACCACCACACUCUUAACGCCAACGACAGCAAUGAUAAUACCGACAAUAACGACAACAACGUCAACAACGACAGCAAACACAGCAUCAAUAACAUCAAUACCACUAACCCUUGGUCUUUUCAACAGUCUAAUGCCUAUGAUACAGAUAACGAUAGCGACCAUGAAUUAAAACAAACCCUUGCACAUCAAUUGCGCUUCAGACGCAACUCUGCCGACCGACGUCAUUAUUCCUACGCAAGCUCAACCACCAUUGCGCCCGAGUCCUUUGACUUUGAUGAUAAUGAUUAUGAUCAAAACCACAGUGGUGAAGAUAGUGUCACCUCUAAUCAAACCUCAUAUGCAGAGAGUAAACAGCAUCGUUUCGCAUAUCUGGCUAUCAGUCCACCCAAUACGGAAACCACAACAGUACCAGCAGAAGUAGCAGAAACGAUAGUAUCAACAGAUCCUGAAUUAUCAGAGCUAGGCACAAAUAACGAUACACACGAUACUGAUCCAUCCUUAUCCAAUGAUCACAGCACAAUGAUCAAUACUCAACAGUCAACGACUCCUAUCACAACGCAGUCUGUUGCUGAGGAGCACAUUCAUAAUCAUGUUGAGCCAUCCUCACAAUUAGCAUCAAUGACAGAAGUAGCAAUAAGGUCUCUUUCCGACUCUGGAUUCGGGCCGGAGGGCGAUGUACUUGAGCAUCUUGUACAACGAUUGCAAUCCGAGGUUGCUGAUACUCGCGCCAUUGUCUUUGACCUAGAAAACAGACUUAACGCGGCAGAGAGUUCGAACAGGCAUAUUGUGGACGAACUCAAGGUCUUGUUGGCAGAUGCUGAAGAAACAUUGGUUGACUCUGAUGAAUCGGAUAGUGAGCAGGAAUCUGUAGCUCCUAGCUCAAAACCUGGAUCUGGAUCUGGCAGCGAAGAGGAUUCAAAUAUUGUUUACAAUCGGAUAUGCGGCGCCCUUCAAACCCUCAUCACAGAGGCGCAAUCCGCUCUUUCACGCACAAGCACUGCUCCUUCCGUCUCGUCCUCCAUUAUCCCUAAUUUAGAUAGAAGACGGCCUUGUCGCCAUCUUAUGCCUCGUUUACUCUUACAAUCUUCAGCAGGACAACAACAAUCAUCCACUGAUUCAGUAGCAGAGUUCACAGACGAUGGCGAAUGCAGCUGUAGCUGUAUCAGCCAUUCCUCCCCUCGAACUUCUCGUAGAAGCUCUAUCUCACAUACAAGACCCGAUAGAGAUAAGGCAGGGCCGUAUCAGUCAUUAUCAUCAUCAGCACCCUUACCAUCAUCAUCCUAUAUGACGAAGUGGCAGCAGCCCCGUCCUGGAAGAAAUGUAUAUUCGAAAAUGAUGUGGAGAGAGAAGCAAUCAGAGCAAUAUGAACGCUACAGAAGGUCGUGUGAUCGAGUCUCGCUGGAGCUGGAGAUGCUCUUUAAUGACACUAUUCUGGACACCGAAGAACCAAUGGACGACUGCCUAUUUCUAUCCCCUAUAUCAACAACAGCAACGUCAUCAGUGCCCCUCAAUUCUGCCUCAUCGAUAGCUGAUCAAGAUGCCUCGCAGCCAACAGUACCAUUCACAGGAAGCAAUUUAAGAUCCACUGUUGGCGCAGAUAGGAUUUCGUCAUCAUCACAUCCAAGGAGCAGGGCGGAGCGAUUUCAGAGGAUAUAUCAGACACAGCUGUUAGGUCCGCAGGUCCGGACACAGCAGCUACAAUUUCACCAGCAACAACGACAACGACUGGGUGGAAGAACUAACUCCUACACAAGGUCACGGCUUUCCCCUUCAUCUCCACGCUCAAUGACAAUAUCUUCAUCACACAGAACCUUAUCAUCGUCAUCUCAGUCCCGUCGAUUCAGGAGUCAGGGAGUAGGUUCCAGUCGGCCACAGAGCAUUUUCAUGCAGUUGUACUCACUCUGGAAGCAUACAUGGCUCCGAAGACGGAUGAUGCAUGUGUUGACAGAGUCUCUGGAGCUAAUGUUGAUCCUAUGGGUAGUCCUUAAGCUCAGUGAGGCAUCUCUGGCAUGGAUGGGCAUUCAAAUGACGAAGGGUGGUCCUCGAGUUUGGUUAACAUACAUUUAUGGCGAUCGUGAAAGCGCAGGCGCUUCGGUCGCUAAAGAAUUGUACGAGAAAAUCAAGCGAGAUGGUUUCCGUCUGAAACAAUCUCAAUUACAGGAUCGGCGAGAAAAACAGGUUGUUAGCAAUGAGUUUGCAACAACUGAAGCGGCCAUGAAGGCCGUAGGACUCUUGCCGAGCACACCAUUCACUCCAGCAGGGAUGGUAUGGGCUCCUGUCGGGAAGAUGCUUGAGCAUGCUGUCUCUGGACUGGUACUUGCCUAUUUAUCAGACUAUGUCCGACGCAUAGUCAAAAAACUGUAGUAUUAUCUUUCAUUUCGAUUUCUCCAUCUCACAUACUCUCCCAAUCUCGAAG